AUGGCUUCAGCAAGUCGACUGAACCCAGCCGAGGUGCUCCUGCUAGAGUCGGCCCUGCUCAAGGUCAGUGCUACAGCUCUGUCAGCUCACGAGUCACAGCCCCCUGCCGCUGCUGGCGCCCCACGUACCCGCUCCUGCUCCCUGCUCCCUGCGCCGAGUCAGCCUCGGACCGACCCGAUACCACUGACGCACAUCCCUCCCCAGGCCCCAACCGAGACCCUUCGCAAGAUCCACAAGACAACUCAACGUACCUACGAAUACAACCUUGGCCCGAGCUCGUCGUUCCAAAGAGAGCUCAACGACCUCAUCAGGCAACUGACCGCCGCCUCGUCAUCAUCGACGAACGCUCCCUCCGCCGAACAACGCCAGGACCUCCUCCGCCGCAUCGACGCCAUGCUUUCCAAGAUGAGGGGCUUGAAACGCAAGUUGUCCGAUCUAUCGAACCAAUCGAGUCGAGCAUGCCAUCUCACUCGAGCGCGACUGGACCAUCUCUCCCGUCUCCCCGACUCCAUGGACAGUCCCUCCUACCCCGCCUGGGCACGUCGAAGGUUAUCCUACCAAGUCGCCGACUACUUCCUCCGAGCCGAACCGAGUUUGAAAAAGACGGCAGAGGUGUUUGCGAGGGAGGAACGCGUGGACGAGCUGGUCGAUAGGGAGUUGUGGGAUGAGUUGGGGAGGGCGACGGAGGAGUUGAGAGGCGGGAAACUUGAUCAGGUACUGGCCUGGGUCGGCGAGAACAAGGUUGCGUUGAGGAAGAGCAAGGUAGCCAUAUCUCAUGUGCGACGGGUUUGAUGCAAGCGGACUCUGACUGACUAUGUGGGGGGUUUGCUCGUUCCGAAAACCUGGCACCCAAACGCAGUCCUCGCUCGAGUUCACAAUCCACCUCCAAGCCUACAUCGAACUAUGCCGAUCCCAAAAACACCGCGAAGCCAUCCUCUACGCCAAGAAGCAUCUAUCCCCUUCCGCCGGGAACGACGCUGCCAUCGCGCAAGGAGGGACCGAGAUCGCCGAAUUGUCCCGCGCCAUGGCUUUACUCGCCUAUGGUCCCGAUACGACUUGUCGACCUUAUCAGGAUCUGUACUCCCCCGCUCGAUGGGAGACCUUGAUCACUCUUUUCAAAGAGACGUUCUUGGCGUUGCAUUCACUCCCUUCCACCCCGCUGCUUCAUAUGUCCCUCCAAGCGGGGAUCGCUUCCCUCAAAACACCCAUCUGUUGUCCCCUCCCUUCGACCGACCCCAAAGUGCCCACAACGCGAGAUACGACUCGCAAGUCCAAAAAUUGUCCCAUAUGUUCCUCACCUUUGGGCAAACUGGCCCCUGAAGUACCUUACUCGCACCACGUCAACUCGACGAUCGUCUGUGGCGUCACGGGCAAAGUCGUCGAAGGCGAUGGUGGAGAAGGGGGUCAACUCUUGGCGCUCAUCAGUCCGACGACGGGGGAAGCGAGUGUGUAUUCCAGAGAGGUGGGUCGUGGUUUCAUGCUUUAGCCGUGUCUUGGACCUAACAGAAAAUACGUCAUACAGGGUUUGGCCUUGGUUGCAAGUCAGCAUCCCGAUCAUCGGCUCGUCGAACCGAGGACCGGGGAGAUGCACGAGUUUUCGGACCUCAAGAAGGUAGGGGCCAGAAUUCUAAGCCUGUCUAUGGACGAAACUGAUGGCAUCUUCCUCUUUAACAGGUUUUCAUCUCGUGA